CAGACUUCUUGGAUGAUGAUUUAAGGAAAGAUAGUCAAUCUUAAUCCUCAAUCUGCCCAGCCUUGGCCUGCCGACCGGGAAGGAAGCAGAAUACAUACGAUGAGACCCGCUAUGUCGUCGCGCCAAGCUCUAGGGCAGGCCGCAUUCUUCGUCGUCUCAUUUGCCCCUUUUCUGGUCUCCGCUUCUCCCGCUCCCACAGCCUUUGUGAACAACAAUGACGUCUCUCCACCAUUCCCCGCCAUUACACCCUCUCCCGUCGAAAAGAACCCAUCUCCAGUCGUUCAACGAGACAUCCUGAGUGAUGUGGAAUCGGAUGUAAACAAUGUGCUCUCCUCACUGGGCUCCGACCUGCCCUCAUGGGUUGCAUCGGGGGUCCCUAAUUAUUUUCAAAAUUUUCCCACAGGGGACGCUGUCGCAAGCUCCCUCGGAUUGAAGAGCUCGGACUUGGCAGCAUUGCCGACCAACGUGUUGAACAUUGACCCUUAUGCCAACUGGACUAACUCCGGAUGGAACGUUCGCUUCCAUGGCAAUGUUUACAAGCAGCCUAAUACCUCGGUCGCCGAUUUGAACAAGCUCGCCAAUGUUUUCCUCAUCGACACCAAAAUAGCGGACCUCCCCGAAUCCCAGCAGGAACAGGCACGCAACCUGACAGCCGAGAUCUUCGUCGUUCAGCAGCCUCACGUGGCCGUUAAUACAAUUCACCUGGAGCCUGCCGCGUCUCAGGGAUCGAGUGGACAGCCUGGUGGGGGUGGUUCAUCCCACACGACGGGCGGCUGGCAAAACGUGACCCUGCCAUACAACACCACGGCCGAAGGAGAUUUCGAUGUCUUUGUGCCAAUUGCCAGCAACGGACUUACUGCUGGAAAUAAAACAUCGGCCAUCCAGAGACUCAACACCCAUGUCGAUGGCGCAUCCAUUGGAAAUGCCACUGCGUACUUGGUGCCCCCAACUGGACUGACCGUCGUUUCCGACAUUGACGAUAUCCUCCGAAUCACCAAAAUUUAUGAACCUAAGGAAGGCCUAUUCAACUCCUUCGCUAAGGCCUUCACCCCAUGGGAGAAUAUGCCUUUGAUUUACUCCAACUGGUCCUCGAGUUUGCCAAAUAUGCAUUUCCACUACCUGACCACAACCCCCGAGCAAGUCACCAGGAACUACAUGCAAUUUAUCUACUCCACAUACCCAGGCGGCUCCUUUGAUACCCGUCCUCUGAACUUCAGCGAUGUCUCCGCCACCCUCUCGAUUCGCAAGUUCUUGCUGCAGAAGAUUUUCGAAACCUUCCCCCAGCGCAAGUUCAUCUUGAUUGCAGACACCAGCAACAGCGACGUGAUGCGCGACUACCCCGAAAUGGCGACCGAGUUCCCAGGUCAGGUGCAAUGUAUUUUCCUUCGCAACACCUCUGCCACGGACUCGGGCGACAAGUUCCCUUACGACACGUCUGGAUUCAAGAAUCUCCCCCAGUCCCAGUACAUGUUCUUUCUGAACCCAGAUGACCUUAGCAAUCUGGAUAUCGCGAAUGGCGAGUGUUACAACAAGUCGAUUCCCCAGAACUUGACUUUUAGUUACCAGGGACUACCAUUUGGACUGGGAAAGCAUUCUGGAGCUGGUGGCGGUUUGUCAACAAGAGAAGUGGUUGGCGCAAGCAGUCUUAUGGCGCUGGUCGCUUCGAUGCUCACAGCGGCUUUCAUGUUCCUCUAGAACUCGUACAUAGUCGGGAGUAAUGUUAUCAAGAUCUUUCAGAACACGAUGCUCAAUAUCAU